UAACUGAGGAAUUCUGUUAUCCGUCAGGAGUUUAUAAUCACAAAUCGCUGCACGGAGCUAAAGUGCCUUUGAAUGCACCAUGAAGCCGCAGCUGUCUGUGACCAAGAAGCGUCCGAAAGCAGCCGGAGCUGAGUCCGCUCUGUCUCUGCAGGAGGAGCUUGUUGCAGCGAUACACGGAGCGUUUGAGGUGGCUGUGGAGAUCGCAGUCCGAGAGGUGACAAAGCUUGUAGGUCAGGCAACAGGAGACGUGUAUGAGGAGAUGCGACGAGAGAACGAGUCCCUCAAACAAAGACUGCAGAGAGCUGAAGCUCUGCUGGACUCUGCGCGCGUGGAGGAAAGACGUGGCAGCUCUCCUCCUACAAAGCAGCACCCGAAUGCCACAAAACGUACACAUCAACCGCCUAACGCUAAAUUCAAUCAAAAAAGCCUCAAUCCUAAAGUGGGAAACGUGCACAGUUGCUUGGGGGUCAGAGGUGACGCUUCUCCUGCAGGUCACAGCCGUGCACACCAGCCGCCCCCUGACUCCCUACAUGCACCUGAGGAGCAGAGAUCAGGCGGUGAUGUGAAGACACAGCAUGACAGUGAUGCUGAUGAGAGGGAAGGAAAUGAUAGAUGUGCUGUUGCUUGUGAUGCCUUGAUUGAAGAAGCCAGUGUAGAGACCUCCCGUGUGUGCGGGGUGAGAGUAGAAAGCGUCAACCAGCCGUGCCGAGACCUGGCAUCUCAAGACUGUGACUCACCACCACUUCCCAGCGGGGACGACGAGUCCAUUUUAAGGCAGGUUACAGUAAAGCAGGAGAAGCCAGAAGAUGAGGGAGAGGAUUCGGCUUGCUGUUUAGACUCGAUCAAAGUGGAGGAUUUUAGCCCGGAGUGUAUGUCAGCGGUCCAGUCAGAAAUGCUGGAGGAAUGGAAACCAGAAGUGCUGGAUAAUCAGGGCCAAGACUCAAACGCGCCUCUGUCCUGCACCAGGCUGGCUCAGGAGUUCCCAAACAUCUUCCAACUGGCAGAACCAACCUCCAUCCCAGAAGCCCCACCACAGGUUUAUGGAGUCCACGUGCGGACCAGCCGCAGCCUCGGCCACACCUUCACCAACCUCUAUGCCUGCAAGCACUGCGGCCAGACGUUCCACCUGCCCAGUUUGCUGCGGCGGCACUACGGCCAGUGCCAGAAGAAGCUCCAGCAGUGUUAUCAGCAACCCAUUGAUGGAGGCAAGAGGACCAGACUGCAGCUUUAUCCACCGGGCUGCAGCCCCUUCCGCUGCACGGAGUGCAACCGAGAGUUCAACCGCAUGGAGAAUCUCAAGACUCACCUUCGCAUCCACACGGGAGAGAGGCCGUACACCUGCUCGGUAUGCUCCAAGUGUUUCCGUCACUCUGGGGCGUUGACCAGGCACUUCCGCAUCCACACCGGUGAGAAGCCUUACAUCUGCGGACAGUGUGGGAAGUCCUUCAGAAACUGUGGGGGGCUUAAAUUCCACCAGCGUUCACACAGCAAGCAGCUACAAUAGCUGCAUUUCUGUUUAAUGUGAGAUGGAAACAGCUGAUAUGAUGCAAUGAUUAAUAUGUUUUAAAG